AUGAAACCACCAAUACUUGUCCCACCGGUACCCGAAAAGCCAUUGUUGGGGGCUCUACUUGCUCAAUACCUAGAGGAAACUGGAAAGGAGAAUACAAUAUACUACAUCAGCAAGAAGAUGUUGCCUUAUGAAGAAAAGUAUUCACCAUUAGAAAAGACAUGCGUAGCACUUGUUUGGGCAACCCACAAACUCAAACAUUAUAUGCUUGCCUACAAGAUUUUGUUGAUUGCAAGAAUUGACCAUUUGAAGUACUUAAUGGAAAAGCUUGUGCAAGAUGGGAAGACUGCUAAAUGGGUUUUGCUUUUAUCAGAAUUUGAUAAUGAAAACGUGACACAGAAAUUUGUAAAGGGGAGAGCAAUUGCUGAUCACUUAGCCCCUUAUUCACUAGAAGAAGCUGAAAAGAUCCAAGGAGACUUUCCAGAUGAAGACAUCAUGGGGAUUGAGGUAGAAUCAUGGAAGAUGUACUUUGACAAAGCCACAAAUCAAAAUGGAAAUGGAAUUGGAAUUCUCUUAAUUUCUCCAAAAGGGACACACAUUCCAUUUUCUGGCAAACUCAACUUUCCUGCCACCAACAAUACCACUGAAUAUGAAGCUUGCAUCAUGGGAUUACAAGUAGCACUAGGCCUUGGAGUGAAAGAGUUGGAGGUAUACGGAGACUCAGCUUUGAUAUCCUCCCAGAUUCAAAAUAAAUGGAAGAUCAAAGAGGAAAGGCUAAUGCUUUAUCAUGAAUGUCUUCAAAAAUGGGCAUCAAAAUUCAACAGGAUUCGAUAUCGAUAUGUGCCAUGGAUGCAGAAUCAAAUUGCAAAUGCUUUAGCAACCAUGGCAUCCAUGAUGGAUGGGCCUAAGAAAGAUGAAACCAGACCAAAAGUGGUGGAACAAAAAGAAGAACCAACCUACUACACGACAAUAGAAGAGGAUGAAGGAAAGAAUGGGGAAGGUGAAUGGUAUUCAGACAUCCUACAAUACCUUAAGGAUGGGACAUACCCUAAGUUUGCAGACAAGAAUGACCAAUUAACCAUCUGGAAGUUGUCUACUAAUUAUAAUAUUUGUGGUGAAAGGAUUUACAGAAGAUCAUAUAAUGGAAUUCAUCUCCUUUGUGUAACCACCAAGGAAGCAUAG